UAAUUAACUAGAAAUUUGAUUCUUUAAUCACUUCAAAUGUUUCCAAUAAUUUAUCCAAAUGGACUAGUUUCUAUUCGGAUUAAUCAGUAAACGUUUUCUCUUGUUUUCACCAUUCAUACAUUCCUAUGGAUCUUUACCUUUAAUCGAUUGUUUUGAUUUGAUUUGAUUCUCUUUUUUAAUCAUUUUCAUUUUUUUCCUUCUUUGCCUUGACCAUUGGUCAUUCUGUUGGUAGUGUCGUUUAUUGUGUUUACUUUUUUGUUACUCACUUUCUUUGUUUUUCUGUGAGUGUUUUUGUUAUUUUGUCGGCUUGUUUUUUGUUAUCAUCUUUAUAUGUUUACAUGCCGGAAAGAAAAUGUUAUCACAAUUAACCCUUUGCACCGGUGUGAUUGUUAUUUUUUUCUUAAUUGUUUACUCUGAUUUUGUAUCAGCUUCUAAUGUGACAAUUGAUAAAAAUGGUUAUAUUGUUUAUUGUCCGUGUAUGGGACGUUUUGGUAAUCAAGCAGAACAAUUUCUCGGCUCUUUACUAUUCGCCAAAUAUCUAGAUCGUACCUUAGUUUUACCACCAUUUGUAGAGUAUCGUAAUUAUCAAGUUAUAUUUUCACCUUUCGAUGAUUUCUUUCAAUUGGAACCGAUUAGAAAAUAUCAUAGAGUAAUUGCCAUGGAAGAUUUCAUGGAAAAUAUCGCACCAACAAUUUGGCCUGAAAAUGAAAGAUAUAUAUUAUGUUAUGAUCCUAGAAGAGGUGAUAAAGACCGGACACCAGGAUGUAAUCCAUUUGACGGAAGUCCAUUCAAACCAUUUUGGUACAAUUUCAAUAUUACCCGUUUUCGAUCAUCCGUUUUCCAUCAACCUCUUGUCACGCAAUUUUCAGAGGCCAAACUGUGGAAAUCGCGAUUUAAACACAUUAAUGUCCUUGCCUUCGUAGGAGCCCCAUCAGCAUUUCCAACUAAUGAGGAGGCUAUUCCACUUCAGAAGUAUCUUCAUUACACUGAUUCUAUUGCUGAAAAAGCUGCCAAAUAUCGAGCAGAACGGGGAUUCUCACGAAAACCAUACUUAGCAAUUCAUCUUCGACAUGGUUCAGAUUGGGUCAAAGCUUGUAGUCUUCUUAAGGAAAAUGACAUGAGCCAAUUGUUUUCAUCGAAUCAGUGUACCAAUCGAGCGGGAAUUAAAUUGAAUGAGAUUAAAUUACCUUAUGAGGUUUGCUCACAUUCAGUUCGUACAAUAAUUAAAGAUAUCAAACGAGCUUUAACUGAUGGUGAAAAUACUCACCGAUUAGAGGUGAUCUAUGUCGCUACCGAUUAUAAUAAUGAGCUAGUUUGGGAUGAGAUACAUCGACAACUACCUGAUGUCAAAUUAGUCACACCAACGUUAACCUAUCACAACGGUACAAUUACCAGGAAACACUCACCACCUCAUUACAUUAUCGACACUUACCUAUUAGCUUAUUCCAAUUAUUUCAUUGGUAAUUGUAUCUCAUCAUUUUCGGCAUUUGCUUCACGAAUUCGCCUUCAGUCAUUCCGUUUCAAUCGAACAACACAAUUUUUCGCCAACGAUCUUCUUUAUCCAGAUCAAUUAUCUUUCAAAGAUGAACUUUGACUUCGACACACAAUUAGCGAGCUAAUCAUGACCAUCGAGCAAUUAUCAACAAUAUUAAAUCAAUCAUCUUAAGAUGAUAUUGAAAAAGCAAAACAAUUAUGAUCUCUAAUUGAAUAUUCAAUUGUAAAGAUAACAGGUGGUUAGUUAUCAAUUUAAUUACAAUGAUUUAAUCUCAUAAAUUUCUUGUAAAUUAACUUUUUUUGUUAAAUAAUUAAAAUGAAAAAUGGUUAA